AUGUCAGUAUGGAUGAUUGCAUGUUUAUUUAUUUGUUUUAACUCCCGUCCCUGUCUCUCUCCCUCCCUCCUCUCUGUCUCCAGGUCAGCACUGAGACAGAAGGACAUAAUGGCUCUGACCAACCCCAUGAACCCCAUGAACCCCAUGCCCAUGGGCCCAUGGAAGAUCACUGUGUACGACCAGGAGUACUUCCAGGGAAAACGUAUGGAGUUCACCGCCUGCUGCCAGAACAUCAUGGAGUGUGGCAUGGAGAACAUCCGCUCCCUGAAGGUCGAGUGUGGAGUGUAAGUAGUCCCAAAACCUUUCCCAAAACAUGAAAGAGGUUUUCCAGCAGGCUAGCAUGAGCCAAUGGCAGCCAUUAUUACAUUGGGCACUGACUAAUCUCUCUCUCUCCUUAUUCAUCUCUUCUUUCUGUUCUCUCUCCAUCCAUCACUGUCUCUCUUUCCUUGAUUUCAAUCAAAAUAUCUCCCUUUCUUUUCUCUCUUCCUUCCUCUCCCUACCUUCCUUUGUCUCCCUACAUCGCCCUCUCUCUCAUUCCAUCUCCCUCCAUCACUAUCUCACUCUUUCCAUCUCCCUUUCUCUCCCUCCCUCCCUCCAUCCAUCCCUCCCUCCAUCCAUCCAUCCAUCUUCCUCCCUCUAGCUGGGUGGGUUAUGAGCACUCCAGUUUCAGUGGCCAGCAGUUUGUCUUGGAGAAGGGAGACUACCCCCGUUUCGAGGCCUACAGCGGCAGCAACUCCUACCGCAUCGAGAGGAUGAUCUCCUUCAGACCCAUCUGCUCCGCUGUGAGUCACUCCACAUUAUCACAGAUCCUCACAUUAUCAUAGCAACAUUAUCAACAGUAUCUACAAUACAUCACAUCAGACUGCAUUACCUUUACUUUAUUACAUAAUGAACAUAACAUCCGAUCACAUUACAUUAUCAUGCCAAUGUUACCAGAUAAUAUUUACAUUGCAUAACAUUGUAUAACCUUAUGAUACAUUUGAUUAGCAAUAACAAUAUAUUAAAUACUAUAAGAAUGUAAACUGUGUGUUACAAUGUCUGUCUUUUCAUCCCAUCAUGUCUCUCUUGCUCAUCGCUCUCACCAUCCCUCCUUUCUCUCUCUAUCUCCCUCUCUCCAUCUCUCUCAGAGCCACAAGGAGUCCCGUAUGACCAUCUAUGAGAAGGAGAACAUGAUUGGUCGCCAGUUUGAGAUGUGUGAUGACUACCCCUCCCUGCAGGCCAUGGGCUGGUUCAACAAUGAGGUUGGAUCCAUGCACAUCCAGAGUGGAGCGUAAGCAUAUUAAUUCCAUGACAGGGACACUGCCACUUCACACUAAAUAUACUACCACUGCUACUUCUGUACACUACUACUCUACUACACUUGUACUACCACUACUUGUACACUACCGUAACAGACCAAUAUCUACUGCUAAUAAUGACUGCUUCUACUACUAGUGCUACUACUACUGUACAUUUCCGGCACAGACCAAUCUCUACUAUUAAUAAUAACUGCUACUUAUACUUCUACUACUACUACAACAACACUACCGCCAAAGGCCAACCUCUACUCUAUAAUUGCAUACCUGAAGCUGCUACUCCAAUACCACACUACUGUAGUGAUUUUUGCACUUAUAUUGCCUGCACUACUCUGUCCUAUUGCCAAGUUGAUCCUCACCCUCAUUCCCAUUGGCCCACUCUGACUCACCUCACAGUAACAGUGUAUCUGAUUGGCCUGAUCUCUUCUCUCCCUGUAGCUUCGUGUGCUACCAGUUCCCCGGCUACCGUGGCCACCAGUACAUCAUGGAGUGCGACUGCCAUGGAGGAGAGUACAAGUGUUACCGUGAGUUUGGCUCCCACGCUCAGACCCCUCAGAUCCAGUCCAUCAGGAGGAUUCAGCACUGAGCAGGAAACACCAUCCCUCCUCUUCUACUCCUCCUCUCCUUCUUCUUCCUCUUGUUAUACUUCCUACUCCUCUUCCCUCUCUUCUCUCCCUUCUCCUGCGCCUCCUCUCCCUCGCCGCUCCAUGUUCCACUAAUCAGGCUAGUCCAGGCAGGAUUUCAGGCCGGGCCUCAGGUGCUUAUUGGCACAAAAAGAAAGAACUACAAAAAAAGAAAGGCCAAAUUGAAAGAAAGAAAGACAGAUAGAGGGAAUGACUGAGAGAAGCAGUAACAUGAAAGAAUACAUCCACGACUCCUUCCAGAGGCUGGACGCAGAACAGCGAAAACACCUCAGAACUUUUUGCUCUUCAUCCACAUCAUUAUCAGCUUCUUCUUCAUCACCAUCAUCAUCACUAUUGCCUGUCACUGUGAUUGUCGUGGUAAAUGUAUGAGACUGAUGAAUAAAGAGAUUGAGUAAAAGAAAGUGAGAGUUA